AAAUCAGCCGUUUGACGAGUGCGAUCAUGAUUAGCCUCAUUUGAGGCUGCUUUUAUCUCAGUUUUAUAAAGUUCUGCAAAUAUGCCUCUAUUUUAAUGAUAUAUUUAUGUGAUAUUGUUUAAAAACAAUAUAUAGUAAGCGCUGCCCCUAUAAGAUUAUUGCUCACUACUUUUUCCAGAAACAAGAAAGCCACCAUUUAAAUAAUGUUUACUGGACCACUAGGAUUUAACUAAAGUAUUUGCUGCUUAUGUCAAUUUUUAUCCAACCAAGUGGCUGUUAAUAGCUUGGAAUUAAUCUCAUUCUUAUCAUCUUCCUGACCUUCAUAAAACUGGCUUCAAAUUUGGAAAUUUCAUAGUUUUAGGAGACUCUUUUGUUUGUACCUUUUUGUUUUUGGUACAUUCUUUUGUCUUUACCUUUAUUAAAGAUGGUAACUGUCUCCAACACACAACAAAUUCAGGACAAUUCCUCACCAAGCUAUGAUAAAAACAGUGAACUGAAAGCCUUUGAUGACACAAAAGCCGGUGUCAAAGGUCUAGUUGAUGCUGGAACUACUGAAAUCCCUCGGAUAUUCAUCCAUCCAGAGGUCUCGGGCUCGAGGCCUACCCCGAGCCUCGAGGAAACACAUUUUAUUUUUCCGUUGAUAGAUCUCGAAAACAUCAGUAAAGAUCCUAUUAAGCACAAAGAGAUUGUUGAAAAAGUUGGAGAUGCAUCAGAGACCUGGGGUUUCUUCCAAGUGAUCAAUCAUGGUAUUCCUGAGUCCGUCCUGGACGAAAUGAUGAGAGGAGCACGUCGUUUCUUCGAGCAAGAUAUCGAAGUUAAAAAGAAAUAUUAUCAUCGCGAUUAUACACAGAGAGUGAUUUAUAACAGCAAUUUUGAUCUGUAUAGUCCUAAAGCUCUAGUAGCAAACUGGAGAGACUCACUUUAUUCCACUAUGGGUCCUGAUCCUUUUAAUCCUGAGGAAUUGCCUGAGGCCUGCAGGGAAAUAACAAUGGAGUACUCUGAUCAUGUAAUGAAAAUGGGGUGCACCUUGCUUGAGUUACUUUCAGAGAGUCUUGGUCUAAAACCUAGUCAUCUCAGAGAAAUGGAAUGUUCAAAGGGUCUUAGCAUUUUGUGCAAUUACUAUCCAUCAUGCCCACAGCCAGAACUAACCAUAGGCCUCAGCAAACACACAGACAAUGACUUCUUCACAGUCCUUCUGCAAGAUAAUAUUGGAGGCCUCCAAGUUCUUCAUCAGAAUCAUUGGGUUGAUGUUCCUCCCACACCUGGAGCUUUAGUGAUAAAUAUUGGAGAUGUUCUCCAGCUCAUAUCAAAUGACAAGUUUAAAAGUGUAGAUCAUAGAGCUUUGUCAAACAAAGUUGGUCCAAGAAUAUCAGUAGCAAGCUUCUUCAGCUCGGGGCCAUUGCCAUCUUACAGACUAUAUGGACCAAUUGAGGAGCUUCUAUCAGAAGACAAUCCUCCAAAGUAUCGCGCAACGACAUUGAAGGACUUCUAUGAUUAUUUCAGCCAGAAAGGGCUUGAUGGAACUUCCAAUCUGUCUCGCUACAGAAUCUAAACUUAGAUAUGGAGUCGAAAACUUAGGGGUCGUUUUGUUCACAUUGUAGUUAUACGCAGGGAUUGUAAUGCAAGGAUUUUUAUACAGUAAAUAGUAGAAACUAAUAUCAAUGAUAAUGUGAAAUUGUUAUAAAUAUUUUAUUAUGAACUCAGUUUGUUUAGAUAGUAUUAACUUGAGGUUGGUGAAGGAACUCAUAAACUUUUUAUUAUGGAUCCGUCUCUGUAAUAUUAAGCAUCCGAUUUCACUAUUGGUCAAAUUAAUUGCAAGAAGUGGAAACAUAUUUUGUACAAAAAAGAGCAUAAUCUGUAGCAUACAGAGAAUAGUACCAAGAGUAGAAAAAAGAAAAAAGAAAAUAUAAAUUUGGUUUCCUGGAAAUUGCCAAGGAGAAUUAAAGAUUAGUCUCACUUUUGAUGGUGAGGUGGUGCAGUAUCCAUUCUUUCAGGAAGACUAUCAAACCUCGACAAUAUCCAAGUUUCAAUGACUUUUUGUCAUUUUGUGAGAUUUCAAGGGGUCUGUAUUUGGACUUUUCUAUUUCCAUAUAUCCUUUUCAUAUUUUAUUUCUAUUUUAAUUGACAAAUGACAUUUUGUUAAGACUGAAUCAACCCUACUAUAUAUAGAGAGCAAAUGCCGACCAG